UCCUACAGUUGGAAAGAGGCAAUGCUACAAAACAAAGCUACCAAACGAUGCAAGAACAGUUCGCUUAGUUUCAUAUUGUUGGUUAUCCUGGCCAUGUUUGCAUCUAAUGGGGUUUAUGCUCCACAGCCAGGACCCUGUCGACAGCUGAAGCACACAGUAGAAUACAGCUCCUACAAGGGCACUAUGGUGCAUCGUUCCAUGUACCUGGAUGUGUUUGCUGAGCAGGAUGCCAAUAAACCCCCUACCCCAGUCAAUUUCUGCUUAGCUGUAGCCUGGCCGCCCAAGAAUGUGAAGCUUCCGUAUAUUAUAUUGGGCACGGACCACAAGCAGUACGUGGUCAUCUACAUAUGCAACUAUUCGAAAGCUACGAAGUCCCAUGUGGAGCUGAUCAACACGUACACGGCGGAGAAGAAGCCGAGCAAGGAGGCUCUAGCUGGCAUCUCCGAGGCUCUCACCAAGAACGGCGUGAACGAGACCCUCCAACUGAUGUUGUGUGACUACUGAGCAUUUAUGGAAUCAGGAGGAGUCCUGGCCGUGUCCAUGGCUAUAUCUAGGCAAAACUAAUUCAAUUUUGUUGAGCUCUUCACUAGCAAUGGCAAAGUAAAAGUCAAAAAUAUGCGCACGACGAA